AUGAGGGUGACCUCCAACCCAUCUCGCAAGCGUCAGCAUCCUGAGUCACGGAGCCUUUCCAGACUGGGAGGUCCCGACUUGUCUGACCUUAGAAAUUAUUCUGAACCUGGAAGCCUCCUCAAUCAACCAUUGAGCAAAUCCAAUUCCCAUAAUAGAAAGCGGCGUGCGAGAUCUCCUCCAUCAUCUGCAGAUACCAAGGACACUACAAAGACCACGAGCACCACGGCCUAUAAUCGUAACUUCCAGCAGAAUCUAAUCGACCAUGGCGUUUACCCUGAUGGGUAUGAAUAUCCUGAGGGUCGAAUACCAGCAAUGCCAAAUAACUGGGAGGAGAUCAAUGAAAGAUUAGCUCGACCCAGACCCUCCCUCUCACCAUCAAAGUUCUCUGAUGGGCAUUUCCGGAAAUUCAAACGAGCGGAUACACACGCGUCUAAAGAACAACCGGUCACAACGUCAGUGAUUCCUAUCAUUGAAGGCGAUGUCGGUGAUCUUAAAUGCGCUGGAGGAGGAUACCCGUUUGGAAAUCUUGCUCCCUUAACUGAUGGCACACUGGCUCAUGCCAAACCAGAUCACUUCUAUGGUGCGCGUCCUGAGCAGCUCGAUCGUCAAAUCCGCAAAGAACUUAGUGACCAUAUCAUACCAUCAACACAGGAUGAUCUUCCGAUGCUAGCAAACUUCUUUUUGGAAGCAAAAGGUCCCGAUGGAUCCUUGGCUGUGGCUACACGGCAGGCUUGUUAUGAUGGCGCACUAGGAGCUCGAGGCAUACACUCUCUCCAGUCAUACCAACAAGACGAAUCAGCCUACGACAACAACGCUUACACUCUUACGUCGACUUAUCAUGGCGGCACACUAAAAUUAUACACCACUCAUCUCACUGAGCCUGAAGGUCCAAACCGUUGUCCUGAAUAUUUUACGACCCAGUUCAAGGGCUGGUCGAUGACCAGCGACCCGCAAACGUUUCGGGAAGGAGCAUGCGCAUAUCGAAAUGCUCGAGAUUGGGCAAAGGAAAAGAUCGAUGGAUUUAUCAAGUUGGCAAAUGAAAAACGCCUGGAUGCCCAGUCCCAACACCAUUGUGCGUCUCAGCAAGGGACGGCUUCAUCCGAAGCCGUCACCUUAGACGAUUCUGACGUAUCAACGGUGUCUGAUGAAGUUGCCUAUCAGGAUGCGCAAUGGAGUUUUGCGACCCCAGUUGAAGAUGCGGAUGAAGUGUCUUCGAUUCUUAGCAGAAUGCCCAAAAAGCCCAGGCUCAAUGCUAGUGUUUCUUUUGGUGGUACAGCGGAUAAGAUUAGGAGUUAUCCAAACUGA